AUGAACAGUACCACAUGGAUGCAGUGGCUCCUCAUGUUCCUGCUACCUGGGCUCAUCGUCCCUGCAAGUUCCGCUUGGACCAGCGAAGCAGAGCCCAUCGACCGCCUGUAUGCCCGACUCGGGGCCACCACCGUGGUCUUGUCUUGCCCUGUACCUGAAGGCGGAUCCCAGGUGGUAUGGAAAAACCACGUGACCCCGGAGACCGUUUUGAACGGGGUGCAGAAAGAUGGCAGCCUCAUCUUGCGGAAUGCCAGUUCGGCCCAGGAAGGGGAAUACAGCUGCCAGGAUGCCAGCACUGGGCAGACCCUGGGAAGGAUUCACCUCCGGCUGGGCUACCCCCGUUCACACAACCCUUAACCUGCCGCCCUAUGCAGUGCAUGUCUGAACCCAGAUUUUCCUUGUGGACGCAGGCACGGCUUAAGGGGAGACGUCCACCAGUGCAAACCCCCCGUUGCAGGGAGCCACAGCUGCAGUAUGACCCUCUUGCAGAUGUUCUCCACCGAUCCUUACGUGCUCAACGUGACAGCUGUCAAUCCGCUGGGGACAGCCAGCGAUUUCUUUCUGGUCUCCCUGGAUCAGAUCAUCCAGCCAGACCCUCCAGAAAAUGUAACGGUCUCCCCGAUCCAAGGGAAGAAAAAAAUGUUGCUUGUACGAUGGGAGGCUCCCAGCUCCUGGUUAUAUCCUGAAUAUUUUCCCCUGCAAUAUAUCAUCCGUUAUUCGAGAGAUGGAUCAAGGCUUAGCCGAACGACCAGGCCUAUCGAGCGAACUUCCUUUAACCUCACCGGGAUCCGUUCUGGCGUAACCUACCACAUCCAAGUAGCUGCAAAAGACUUCCUGGACAAUGGGGAAUACAGCGCCUGGAGUCUUCCGGCCUCUGGCGCGUCCUGGGAGCCUGAGUGAGGGCCAAAGAGGAUGGACUUUGUAAUACUUGAAACAUGGUAUUUGUAAUACUGCUGCACUGGCUAAUUACACAUAGGUUUUCUUGUAUUUUCUUGUAUUUAAAUUGG